UCUCUUUUCUCAGUCGUACCCGUUGUACCGUUCCGCAAUCUCCAGCAUAUCCAGCUUACUUCUCCUCGCCUCGUCUUUCUCGAUCUUGUUUCCUUAGCUCGCUUCUCGCUUCUUUUUCUCCCCCCUCCUCUUUUUUUGUAGCAGUAACCCCGAUCGAGUCAAGAAAGACUGAAAGAGUCACAGACCUCUUUGUGAGUUUGGUGUGCUUGUAUUUCGGGCAGUCUGCUCAUACUCAAUCCAUGUGUUAAGUGCAAAGCAUCACCCAAGAUCUCGUGUUGACCCACUCCAAAAUGUCUCCGGUUUCAAGUCACAUGGUCAAGCUCGGAAAAGGCUGUUUCAAUAGUCCUCUCUUGGAACAAGCUUGGGUCUUGUGCGGGAUUCGCGGCAUCCAUCAUGGAGAGCCCAAUAACCACGUUCACCUCACCCAUCGAAAUGGCAAUAAAGACGGUGGGACGUCCGAGAUGCAUUGGAAUGGACAGCCCAAUGCCAUUCGGCAAGGGAACAAUAUCAAUGGGAAGCGAUGGCUCAACUACAACCCGUCCUCCAAGCCCACUCCAUCCUCAAUAAGAGAGCGAAACAUCACGGUGGCCUCUUACUACAAUCAAACAGCUAUUGAUAAGGCCGCAGCUCAGCACUCGGUGAGACUGGCCCCUGCUACUAUAAUGUACUCAGGAUCCCAAUCCACUCAUCACAAUGUCAUGAGAAGUGCCCAAUAUCUACACAAGGAGCUACCGAUUCGGAUUGCUCAUCGAAUCUCUGGUAUCCGAUCGUUGCCGUUUAUCGUGGGCUGCAAUCCCACCAUCUUAUCCGUACAUGAGCUGUACAUCCGGGCAUUUCACAUUCUCAACGACUUCCCUGAAAUUGUCACUUCGGAGGAUGAGGAGAAAUAUAGUCAGGUGGUCAAAGAUCUCUUGGACGACCACAAGGAUGUGGUGUCCUUGCUCGCCGAGGGCUUUCGCGAGUCUCGACGUCAUAUUGAGGAUGAAGAACUCGUUUCUCGGUAUUUGGACCGGAAUUUGACAUCAAGGUUGGGCAUCCGGAUGUUGGCCACGCAUCAUCUACAUUUGAAGGAGAAAAAGGAUGGUCAUGUGGGUAUCGUGAAUGUGAAUAUGACGCUGAAAAAUGUCAUUCAACGGUGGAUUACGUUCGUGCAGCAGAUCACGGAGGACCGUUACGGGUUUGCUCCGGCUGUCAAGAUAUCGGGACAUAUCAGUGCUCGAUUUCCCUACAUUGAGAUGCCACUGGAUUACAUCCUGCCAGAGCUGCUGAAAAACGCAUUCAGAGCCACCAUUGAAUCUCACCCCGGAGUCAAAGGUGCCGCUUUACCUCCAGUCAAUGUUAUCAUUGCCAAUAAUGAGACAGAUUUCAUUGUCAAAAUUUCUGAUCGCGGAGCCGGUAUCCCUCAUGAUCAAGUGAACAAAGUUGUACAGUACAAUUUCUCGACGGCAGAAAAGAGCACGGACUCUCUGAUCAAGGACGAUAUCUUUGGAAACUUUAUGGAAACUAUGAAUCGAACGACCUCGGGACCAAUGCACGGGUUCGGCUUUGGAUUGCCAACCUCCAGAGCUUACGCUGAGUAUUUAGGCGGAUCCCUUCAAAUAUAUUCAAUGCAAGGUUUAGGCACAGAUGUAUACCUCAGACUCAAGCACUUCAAUGCCCGAGACACUCCAUUCAGAAUCUAACUAUUUAUCAAUAUGUCAGCGAUUCACUGAUAAUACUCGAUCCCACCUUCAGGAAGCCAAUCCGGUUUAUAUGUUUUUAAUGGAAUAAAACUUUUAAGUACCAG